CUUGAAAGAACGUUUUUUUGCCUUUCAGACCAUGACUUGGUAGGUCAUGUUAUCCAGACCACUGAUGUUGUGGACGAGUUUGAAUGCCAGUUAAAAUGUAUGGGAAAUAACAGCUGUAAGUCGAUCAAUGUUCAUCGCGGUGACAGCAAUGGAAAACGUAGCUGUGAGUUGAAUAAUAAAACACGGCUAAUGAAGCCAGGUCAUUUUAAAAAGCAGAAAGGACCUACAUACUAUGGCUCUGUUCAGGUGGGUUCUAGGUUGAGCAGAUUUGUUGAUAACUUUCUUAUCUUAUUCACUGCCAAGAACAAUGUUUCGGAACUACUGCCAUAUACUAAUGAAAACAGAGAAUCAGCUGUUACUGGGUUAUAAACAGGUGUUCGCUUCGUAAACGGAACACCAGACGCUUAAAAGUCUCGGGCAAACGUUUCUCCAAGCUAUCUUCAUCUUUUGGCAAUUCCCGUUUUGCAACAACCUGCGAACCCAAAGGUUUCUUUUCUGCUUGUAUAGCGUGUUCUGAGUGUUGACAUUAGUGUAAGGGCAACGUCAAGUUUCCUUUUUGAAAACGCAUAGUAAGCGUCUGAAUACUGAUUACGAGAAAACAAGCUUUGUUUACUCUGAACAACGAUGGAUGGCAGAACAGGAAGAAAAAAGUUCACUUUUCUGUUUUACUAAUCAGGCCUCCUGCAUGGAUGUUUCCCGCGGGCGAAAACAAACAACUAAAAGCGGUCAGUGUCAUCCGGAAUACAAAGGAAAACAUUGUGAAACACGUAAGUAGUGAGACUGUUCCAGAGAAAUUCUACUUUACACAUUGCCAAACAAAACUCAUGAGUGCUAUGAGAAUAGUGUAAAUUUCAAUUGGGGACUCUUGUUACAACGCAUUUCUGAAGAUAAAUGCGGACAGUCAUGUUCAGGUUUUUUCCGGUGUGUGAAGAUUAAUAAACCCAUCAAGAUUAAAGCUUAUUUCCUUUUCAGCUACCAGAGGCUUAUAUUUCAAUCAGCCUGGUCAUUCCUGUAAGGACAUCUGGGAUUCAGGUUUUAUUAAAAACGGCGGAGAGCACUGGAUCGACCCUGAGAAAAAUGGAAGUUCCUUAAAAGUGUUUUGCGACAUGACAACUGAUGGAGGUAAGCACUUUUAAUAGCUCGUUUCUGCAAUUUUGGCUAUGUAUAGAAGAUUAAGGCUGCAGAGGCAAACCCCUUGUGGUGUUUGAACCUGAGGAGAAAAAAUGUUGCAAAAUAAUUAAAUACGGAAAAAACAUUCAAAGAAUACUACAGAGAAACGAAAACAUCUGUUUUAGGAGAGGAGCCAAAACCAGCGGGAUUGUUUAAGACCCUUUUAAUAAGAGCUGAAAUGCAGAGAAACGCUCCAGCUUGAGGUUAAGCAGGGUUAUUAUGUGGAGCCACUGAGGUGAUAUAAAACGAACAAAACCAUUCUACUAUUCUCUUAAAGUGGAUAAAGCCAGUAGGUAGAAGGAGAGACGAUACCUGUGCGCUGUGGCGCAAAGGCAUAACUAGAAGUCGCCCAUCUUUUAUUGUAAGAACAACGGACUUGUUUCUGGUCUCCCAAGAAGAGCGAUUCACAUUUUCUUUUAUAAUUUUUGGCAGGAGACUGGCUCCUAAUCUAUAACGUUAUUGCUGGGGAAACUGUGCCCCCCACCAGUUUGAAUAUUGAAAAGACAUAUGCAGGAGCCAGUCGUUACAGCAGCAACAGAAUGGUUCUCUCUCCUGACGGUAUGCGAGAGCUGAGAUCCCGCAUGUCUUUCACUCAGCUGAGAUUCCACUGCCGUAAACAGCAAUAUGGACGAACGUUUCAUGUCAAAACGGCCGCGAACAGCUCUGGUGAAGCUGUAGCCAGGUUCUUUGCUGGUGAUACCGACGUUUUUCCCAAAGCCUGGGGUUCAUUUGAAAAACUCAAGGGAGAUAAUUCAGUCCUUGCAAGUAGAUGCGCAGAAUGGGGGAGGGAAAACGGCGCGUAUCAUGUUGGAAAAUGGGGACAUGAAGGGCAAAAGGAGCUGUAUAUAUACUCAGCAUUUAUUAUGGAUCACCAUCGUUGGGUCACGUGGCCAGGCCAUGACAGAUGGGAAUGUGAUGACAGUCGGAACGAUUUGACGCGCGGCGACUUUUGGAAGAUUUAUGUCCGUUAA